AAUAAAAAUUCGCUUAGCUGUCGUAAAUCCCGGGACACAAAGGCUAAUCGGGCGGCUAAUCAGGCGCAGCCAUCAUCAGACCAUCAGACCGUCAGCCCGUCAGGCUAUCAGCCAUCAAAGGCGGUCCGAAUCCUUUGGCCCGUUGGAGGGGCUCAAGUGAAAGGCUUGCCGAAGGAGCAGGAGCACUGAAAAACGCAAACGGAGGAGGACCAGGCUGCGUGCCAGGACAUCAUUAUACUAAAAUAUUGCUCGGCGUUUUCAGCGUUUUUCAAGUUCUAGCCACAGGCGAUAAUCCAUCCAAUUCCACCAGGAGACGCUAUCGGCACCUAGCUUAUCGACGCCGAGCUCUCAACUUGCCGCUGACGGGUCUGUCAGAGUGAAAAGUGAGUGACGAAGCACAAAUCGGAAAACUUCUCGAGCAUUUGGAACGUGAAAGCAGGCAGAGCAGGAAGUGCACGAAGAGCUAUAGAAAAAGCAGAAAACUCCUCCAUUAUGGCACCAGGGUUCGUGAACAAUAAGCGCAAGCAUGAUGAAGAGCAAAAUCAGUUCAUCUGUCCCAUUGUCUACACAAAUGAGUUGCCCACUUAUCCAAAGGAUUGCAAGUUUCUGCCCUGUUGCCAGGCUAUCCAGGAGUACUGCAAGGAGCCAGUUUCGAUUCCCAAGCUGGACACUUGCUUUUUGCUAAAUUUCAAAGGACUUCAUGAGCUGUUCGCCAUUAAUUUGAUGGAGCAGUCGCCCUACGAUGAGCUUUCCGAGAAUGGGCACCCAAUGAAUCCCAGAGAAGCUGAUCUACUCAAGGACAUACAAGCCCUAGACUGGGACUUCGCCAGACUCCAACCAAGUCGCGCCCAGGAAUGCGCCCAGAUGUUCGCCAAGGAGCGGGUGCAUCCACCUCGCCCAAGACUACAGCGUUCUGUGGUGGUGCCCAAGGCCCCAAUCAACCUGCAGCCCGUCAGCCUAAAGCAGCAAAAGGAGAUGAUUGAUGAGAGCUUCAAGGAUAUUAACAAGCCCCUUUUACGACAUCCCACCAAUCCGGGUAGCAAUGCCUACCCUGUGCAGAUCAUGUCAGUCUUUCCCGACACGGAUUUGCAGAAAUAUAGCUUCGUCCAGAUGAGUUUUGAUAAUCCACCCCAAAAUACCAUCCAGGGACUAAUCAGGGACUGCGGAAGCUGUCUGAUCAACUUCAAUUUCGUCCAGGACAUUGCGGAGUCUACCGAAAAGGUUUACGUCUCCGACCAUCGCUACAAGGAGGAAAAAGCCGACGAUAGUUUGGAGCGCGGUGAGGGUCUCAUACUCCGCGAGGAGAAGAACGCCAUCUUCUACGUUGGUGUCGACAAAUACAUCAAACUAAGGCGGGAACGUCCACGCCCCCAGGCUUCGGCUAACAAGUUUCUGCUGAAGGUCCAGCGUGUGACAAUGGAUUAAAUACAGCUAUGCACUUUUCUAGGAAAGUAUAAGAACAUUUAAUUGGAUGUACUUCAGAAGCUUAUUUAAUGAAAAUAAAAAUAUCAGAAUACUUGCUGGAAAUUGUGCAUCUGAUGACCAUUAAAACAAU